AUGUUGAGGUUGGCUGCUGCUAAGGUCACUCUCUUACGACCAAACCCUUGGCCUUUUAAUGAUGGUGUGGUGUUCUUUAACAAUUCGUACGAGACUGAUAAAGUGUUGGUGACUCCGGAUGACAGUAAAUGUAGGAUGUUGGAGUCUCGCGGCAAUGACAACAGUCUUGCUAUUGCCAAGUAUGGGGAAAAUGUGGAAACCAAUGGCUUUGAUCAUUUUGGUGUUGAUGGUCUUGAAUGUAAUGAGUUUGUAGAUUCGCCACAGUCGCAUUCAAGUGGAGUCAAAUCCCUUGUUGUGAGUUCCACUGCAAAUGGAGCAAAUUUUCCUGUGGUGAUCCCUGGUGUUGUGGUUAGGGAUGAAAUUACUGAUUUGGGAGUGAGAGAUGUGGGUUUUGGAGAAAUUGCUGCAAGGUUCCUUGGGAAAGACUGUAUCUGUAGAAUAUGGUGUGAAUGGUUGGAGGUAAAAUCUGUAGACAGUGAGGAUUUAUGUAAAGUUCCUGAGCACGAUUUCGCUGUUGUUACCUUCAGUUAUAAUAUUGAUUUGGGUAGAAAGGGGUUUCUUGAUGACGUAAGGAUGUUGCUCUCAUCCAGCCCUAGAAGAGAAUCAGGGAACGGUGAAGGCACUGGUUGUAAGAGAAAGAAAUCCUUUUCUGACCCUGAAGAUAUCAGUGACUCUCUGAAUAAUCAGUACGACUCAUUUGGGGAAGAUUCCUAUGCUACCAGUGGUGCAUCUAGGUUGAUCCUAGACCACUAUGAUGAUCAGCUACUGAAUUCAAGAUUUAUCUUGAACAAAUCUAUAAGGCGAGAGCUAAGACGGCAACAGCGUUUAGCGUCAGGAAGAAUGUGUGAUAUCUGUCAACAGAGGAUGCUUCCUGGGAAAGAUGUAGCAACUCUCAUGAAUAUGAAGACAGGAAGGCUUGCUUGCAGUAGUCGAAAUGUGAAUGGGGCUUUUCAUGUGUUUCACACUUCCUGCCUUAUACACUGGAUACUUCUGUGUGAAGUUGAGAUAAUCACGAAUCAGAAUACUGGUUCAAAAGUGAGGAGAAGGUCUAGGAGGAAAACUGCUGCCAAGUGCAAUGGAAAUGAUGCUCAAUUGAAAUCUUUGAGCCCACAAAUUUAUUCUGUGUUCUGCCCAGAGUGCCAGGGUACUGGUAUUGUCGUUGAUGGAGAUGACCUGGAGAAACCGAAUCUUCCUGUCUCAGAUGUUCAAGUACAAGAUAAAGGUGAGUGA